AUGGCCCUGUCUGUGCGCAGCACUGUGGGAUCCCGGCAGUUCUCCUCUCGGAGCGGCCUUGGCGGGGGCUCUCUGCGGAUGGCUGGCAGCAGCACUGGAGGCGGCUUUGGCGGCAGCGGCCUCGGGUUUGGCGCUGGAUCCGCCGGAGGGUUCGGUGCUGCUUCCUUGCUCGGCUCUGGCUUCGGCGGGGGCUUCGGGAGCAGCGCAGGCAGCGGCUUUGGCGGAGGCUUCGUUAGCGGCUCAGGAGGCGGCUAUGGAAGCGGCUCAGGCAGUGGCUUUGGUGGGGGUUUAGGAAGCGGUUUUGGAAGCGGUUCAGGCGCCGUUUUUGGAGGCGGCUUUGGCAGCGGCGCAGCUGCUGGUUUUGGAGGUGGAUUUGGCGUCGGUGGUGGUGGGGAUGGCGGCCUUCUUUCUGGUUCUAAAAAAGAAACGAUGCAGAACCUCAAUGACCGCCUGGCCGCUUAUCUGGACAAAGUGCGAUCCCUGGAGGAUGCCAAUACGGAGCUGGAACGUAAAAUCCGAGAGUGGUAUGAGAAAAAUGGGCCUGGAGCUGCUGUUCCGGGAUCUGGGAACGACUACAGUAAAUAUUACCCAAUAAUUGAAGAUCUUCGAAACAAGAUCAUCAAUGCGACUAUCGACAAUGCGAGAAUCAUCCUGCAGAUUGACAAUGCCAGGCUGGCUGCUGAUGACUUCAGACUGAAAUAUGAGAAUGAAGUGGCUCUUCGCCAGAGUGUGGAGGCUGACAUCAACGGUCUGCGCAGAGUUCUGGAUGAGCUGACCUUGACAAGAGCCGAUUUGGAGAUGCAGAUUGAAAGCCUGAAUGAAGAACUGGCUUAUCUCAAGAAGAAUCACGAAGAGGAGCUCCAGGGUCUCCAGAGCAGCGCAGUUGGCCAAGUCAGCGUUGAAAUGGAUGCAGCCCCAGGAAUUGACCUCACCAAGCUUCUGAACGACAUGAGGGGGCAGUACGAAGUCAUUGCUGAGCAAAACCGAAAAGAGGCUGAAGCGUGGUUCAAUGAAAAAAGUGGGGAGCUGAAAAGGGAGAUCUCCACCAACACCGAGCAGCUUCAGUCAGGGAAAAGCGAGAUCACCGACCUGAAACGGACUCUUCAGAACUUGGAAAUUGAGCUACAAUCUCAGCUUGCCAUGAAAAAAUCCCUUGAAGACACGUUAGCAGAAACAGAAGGAGGUUACUGCGCUCAGCUUUCACAAAUGCAGCUUCAGAUUGGGAACCUGGAGUCUCAGCUGCUGCAGGUCAGGGCUGACAUGGAGCGCCAGGGCGCGGAGUAUCAGCAGCUUCUCGACAUCAAGUCUCGCCUGGAAAUGGAGAUCGAAACCUACCGCCGCCUGCUGGACGGCGAGGGUGGCGGGCAGGGAGUUGUAUUUGAAAGCUCAUCUUUGACGGCGCCGAAGUCACAAACGCAGUCACUGGAUUCUUCUCAGGAUCCCACCAAAACCAGGAAGAUCAAGACCAUCGUUGAGGAAGUGGUGGAUGGAAAAGUUGUUGCAUCGCACGUGAAGGAAGUUGAAGAGAAGAUAUGAGGCACAACCUGAGGUCGCAAAGAUCCAUUCUUUCCAUGUUUCUUUCCAAGCAGGAGUAUAAACAAGUUUGUUCUUGUGAAUGGAGUAAAAAAAAAAAAUAGAUUGGCUUUUUGCUAAGAUUCUCUGAUAGAAGCAGAACAUACUUUUUCAUUCUUAGCACCCAUGCAAUACAGUUUCCACUUCAGUCCAUUGGUAUUAGCUGCAUUAUUUUCAUGGUGUUCUUUAAGUCUAUCAUCAAUUCUUUGUUCAGUUACUAGAAACAUUGUGCACACAUCCAAUCAAAUAUGCUUUCUAUAUUUCUGAGUUAAUAGAAUUAAUAGAUAAUACAUUUUUGCUGU